AUGGACAGCAUCAGAAGCAAAGAACGCGAUCUCGAAGAUACCAUUACACGAACCGAUCAAGUAGCUGCAGCGUCGGACCAACUACCGGGAAAAGCACAGCCGCUGCCACCUAUCGCAACGGAGCGCGGAAAAGGCAAAUUUCCCUCGCCGAGUAGUCACAUUCGCGUUGCACGCCCGGUAAAGUCAUUAGCAGCGGCGGAACAGUUCUGGGUCAAUGGACUGGGACUUGAGGUCCUCUGGCGCACGGAUUUAGGUCCGCAUCCAGCGGAGGGCGAGCAUUCUCUGCUCAUGGUGGGGUGGAAGGAUGCAGCAUGGCAUCUGGAACUGGUGCAAGUUAAUGAUGAUGAUCCCGAGAACCAGCCCCGUCCGACGGAGGAGGAUCUCCUGGUUCUCUAUUUGGAAGGGCCCGUUGAUGAGGCUGUGGUAGAGAACCUGGUGCAGGCGGGUGGCAAACGGGUCACGGCGAGAAAUCCAUACUGGGAGACGUGGGGGGUGACCAUUGAGGAUCCGGAGGGAUAUCGGGUGGUAUUGUGUCAGAGGAAGUGGUAG